AUGUUGAGCCAAGCAUGGGGGAAAUUGCUCCCUGAAACGAUCGCUAAAUGCUGGAAAAGCGUAUUGGGUAAAAGCCCAACAGUUGACGUGAUUAUUGAAUCUAAUCCAGACGAUAUGCCAUUGGAUAUCGAAAUUGACGACCCCCUUCUUGUUGGAGGAUUACAACGGUUAAAUGAGAUGGUCGAAAACUAUGUGGGUGAAGCAGACACAGAUGAAAUCCGCAAUUGGGUUUUGGAAUUAGGAAUAGAUGAAGGCUAUCUCCUUGAAGGAGUUACGCCAUCGGCACCACCGGAUGUCCCACCAAGGAAUCCAACAAUGAAUCGCAUGAAUAAUGGCCGUUUAGUCCCUGGUAACCCAAAUGAUUUGGGCGUUGAUUUCGAGCCAUCGUGUUUGGUGCGAACCCCAUCGGGCAACGUCUACAUUCCAAGUGGAAAUUUAAAUAUCAACAAAGGUUCACCCAUCGAUUAUAAAAGCGGCUCCGCCUGCUCAACACCCACAAAAGACACACUAAAAGGUUACGAGCGCAGCACGAAUAAUUGCAUGGGACCUGUGCUUCCACCGCGCAGCGUUAUGAGCGGCCUGCCAGCGCAUCACUACUCGACACCGAUGAACUUCCGCAAAGGUUUGGCGGCGCGCUGGCACCGCUGGCGUUGUGCGCUCAAUAUUUGCUUGGCGGUUUUUGCGUUACUCGGCUUGAUUUCAAUAGUUCUUUAUGUAUCCGGAGUGCUACAUUUAUCCAUCGACGAACCACGCACAAUUCUAGUCGGCAAUGAGGCAUCCGAAGUGACGGCCGCCAAAAGCACUAAUACGGAUCUGACGAAAUUUGGACAACCCACCACGGUCACUGCAUCAACGGCAACCUCAUCCCUCUCAUCGAUUUCGGCAUCACAAGCGGCAGCUUCAGCGGCGGCUUCAGCGGCAGCAAACGGUAGCGGUGGUACGAUUGGUGGCGGCAGCGGCAGUGGCGUUGGUGGUGGCACCUCACCAUCAUCGACUGCCUACCAAUCGCCAGCAUCGGCGUCAUCAGCUGUAGCUGCUAUGGGCACGCCAGGAGCAGUAGCGUCUUCACCCUCGUCAUCUCUAUCCUCUUCGCUGGCAAAUGUCAAUAAUGGAGACAUCGGAAAUGAAGUGCUGCCAACGGCAGAUAUACGCGCCCCUUCGCCAUAUCAUAAACGCGGGUACGCGCAUAACGUACAUAAAUGGAAGUACUCAACAAAGGAUGCGAUGACAGCAGCUGCGACUCACCUGUCAACUGUCGCACAGCGAAAUGGACGACGACAACAAAUCUCGAGCAGUGAUGGGAAGGUAGUGGUAGUGGCGACUAGCGGUGACAAGUGGCAAAAACACAAGCAAUAUACAAAUCCGCAACAAAAACAACAGCAUGCACAACAACAAAAACUUCAAACGCCACCACUCCAUCGCCAACAACACGGCGCGCGCAAGAAGCGCUAUCGACGAAGUUUAAUGACAAACCAAAGUUUCGCUAGCAUCGACUUAAUUACAAGAACGCACGAGAGGUAUGAUGAAAUGAAUGCCAACAACAACAACAGCAAUAAACACAAUUGGGAGAACAGCAACAGCUUAAAUGUUGAAAAUACAAAGGACAGCGGCGUUGGCUGCAGCCGUGGCCGAGACCGAGGCCGUGGCGGUGAUGAUGCGCCCACUGACUGCAAUAGAGAGGUCGCUAACAGCUUUGAUGUUGUUGAAAAGACAAUGCACAAGGCGCUCGAAUUGGAGUUGGGCGAGCAGGUGAUUGAGUUGGCAGCGCACCAACGUACAGAUGGCGGCGUGUUUACAGAUGUGACUGCGCGUGCUACAAAUCGUAAAGCAGACGAACCAAAGGCGCACAGUUUUGAAUUUCCGUUACAACCAAACUUACAACAAAGCGACAAAGCAGCAGGUACUGAGGGUGAAAAUUUAAUGCCGUUGACCGAAGUGACUAGAAUGUCUGUUGGCUGCGCAACAGCAGAUAGCAGUCUUACACCGCCUAUAACAAGCGACGAAACUAAAACGUUGGCAACAAAACUGUCAACAGUAACUACAAAUACUCCCACUCUAACGGAAGUUGAAACAGGCGCGCAACAUAAAUGUCAAACGACGAUUGCGCUGCCUAAUACCAAAACUGAAAGUAAUUAUGGCGCUGAAAAUGAAGUUCUGAGUGGCGGUAGAAGUAGCGUAGAUUUAAACGCAUACAACAACCAAAGCACUCAGAGUGAUUAUGGCAGCACACGUAGCAACACCACCAACAGUAAUGAAACGCCAAGCGCUGUCAGUGUUGCCAUAGCACAAACUUUGCAAAUCAAUAACGUAUUAAAGCUUAAUCAAAGCACUAAUAAUGACAAAGAAAUUGCUGCCGCCGUUGAAGUUGUUUAUGAACCGGCUGAGAUUGAAAGCAUUGCUGCCCCCAACACGUUUGAUUAUGAUGAUGCGCCCGAUGAGCAGCAGGACGCUGAGACGUUUGCGACAACUGACAAAGUUUUAGAAAAGGCUUUCGGGGCUAAGAAUAAUGAAGUGGCAAAUGUGACAAAGAGCAAAGCGAGCGCGGCGCACAAAGAUGAAGGCGCAACCUUCAAGGUGGCAAGAAAUAUGCCAUCAAAGACAGUUGAAACAAAAGCGAAUACAAGCGCCGGGCACGCGUCUUUCAUGCUCAAAGCAGACGCGUCUAUGACGACAACACCGCCAUCACCGCGCCCAAUGGUAGCGCCUAAUGGGAGUGGCAUUUAUAUUGAUUAUGUUGAAGGUGACACGCAGCGACAUGUAAGUGACUUUAGCACCAAGUUUGUUAAGCAAGUAGAAAGGGGAAGGAAAAUUUCAUUUAAAACUGCGACUGAAAUUAAUGAGAUAUCGAUUACACCAACCGCGACGUUUAACGAAAAUAAAGCGCAAAUGCCCGCCGAGUCAGAUGAAGCGCAAAUAGUAGCCUAUAAACCAGUAAAACGCAAUUUACGCGGCCACAAAGCGAACACGCCAGCACAAAGUAAAAAGCUUAGAAAACACAUUGGACGCCCGCUGCGCGCACCUGACCAUGUCUUGCCGGCAGCGAUAACGCAGAUAGUUGAUGCGAUUAUUGAUGAUGAUAAUCAAAUUGACAGCCCACCAGUGAUGGCAGCGCGAAAUGAUGAAGUGGCUGUGGAAAUUCAAGAAAAAGUGGUUGCAAAUAACGAAAGCGAAGACGCUACGCAAGUUGACAAAAACAUAGCCACAAAUGAUGGCAAUAAAAUAGGCGUCCAAGCGGAGAAAAAAACAGACAAUGUGCGCUAUGCAGGCGCACAAGAAACUACUACGCGCAACGACAUAUCUGCAGAUUUUGAAGAUGCAAAUGAUUUUCAAAUCAAUCGCCAUAAUGGCGCGGCAAAUGAUGCGUUGAGUGAUAGUGAAAGCGAUGCUGCCAAAGCGGCAACUGAUGAUAACAAUAAUGAGCGUGAUUUAGUUGACAGCUAUGAUGAUGUUGACGACUCCACGCGAACGGAGUCGCCGUUGGCCGCAGCCACGUCAAAUGUCAUAAAAAUUGAUAAAUCCAAAACGAAUGAGCAAAAACAGCAAAGUGGAUAUGUUGAAGGAACAGAAACAAGAGACUUGCAGCAGCAAGAAAUUGCGGCAUAUGAAAAUCCGGCUAACGAAAGCGUAUUGCAAAUUAAGCUAAACGAAAGUCAAAUACAAAAUGAACGCCCAACAACGUUCAAGCAAAAUAAAGCAGUUGUAAGUGUGGCUGCUGGUGCUGAUGUUGAUAAUGUUGAGACAGCCACAAACACAAACACAACCCCAACCCAACAAGGAAUAACAACUGAUGAACGACAAACGAUGGAGAUAAAUGAGCGCGUGUCAGUGGCAAGAAAAUCUGCUAGUAAAAGGGGCAAGCAUUUGAUAGCGAAAGACGCAACCGAGCGACGAAAAAGUGAUAGAGUGAUUUUUGGAAUAGAAGACGGAAAAGCAGAGGAAGAGCAGCAGCAUUUGCUUGAAGGCGAACAUUACGUAGAAACUGCUGCAGCAGUUGAAGAGCAAGUGAAUGCUGAAGCGCCAGUGACAGAAACAGAAACAGGAACAGAAACAGAAACAGGCAUCUCACAAAUGACCGGCAAGCAAGCAAAGGAAACAGGCGCCACACAAGCCGCAGCAGUGAGUACAGAAAAAGCUGCUGCCAGUAAGGAAAAAGAGGCAGCAGCUGAAGAUAAAGAUGAAGCCGAAGCUGAAACGGCAGCUUCAACAACAAUAACCCAUUUAAGCCAAACAAAAACUGCGUCAACAGCUGUUGAUGAAGGGAGCUUUGAAGAUGAGCUGAUGCUUAAUGACGGUUUAAUGCCGCCACAACACAGGGCAUUUGCACACACACACAAUGGCAUUGGCGUUAUAAAUACUCAAACAAAUACUUAUACAAAUACACAUGUACGCACAAACGAAAACAACAACAUAAAUAUGAACUUCAAUUCAAAUUUAAAUUCCAAUGCUCAGGCUAAUGACUACCAACCGCUCAAUGUGGAACCCAAUGCGGACGACAUCGAUAUCAUUAAGCUGGAGGACACACACUCAAGCGAAGAUGAAGUCUACAAAACUAUCGAGGGUAACGCGAGCGCGCGUGAAAAGGCGAAAUACAUCUAUAGUAAGCGAAAGGUGAUAGUCACAAGCCGGCCACCGCUCAAGCACCCAUCGAAUGCCGAAAAUGAAAUACUCAAAAAUGAUGAAAUCGGCGCCGCCGACACACCCCACAAUUACUCGUAUGUCGACAAACUGCCACCCUUUCCGCUCAAAGCGCCCAUAGUGAGUGAAUCAUACGAUCCGCCAAGCAAGCAUAUACUCGUCAAUGUGACAAUAGCAACCGAAGGUGAUAGUAACUCGGUUUACACACUGCAUGUGGCAGUGCCACUGGGUGGACAGUCACACGAUUUGCAAGAAGUACUUACGCACGAGCGCUUGCAGAGUAAUGAUGAUCAUGAUCACGCGAGUGAUGUACAACAGAAGCGCAAGAGCGUGCAUUCUGCGGAGUAUGCAGCGCCUACGAUCAGUCCCUACUGCAUACCUGAACCACCGCCACCCAUACCGGAGUGUCCCUGCAAAUGCGGCGAUUUCUUAAUGGCCACAGAAGCGGCUGCAGCUGAAGAUAGCGAAUAUGCUGAGGUUGACUCUGUUAGCGUGGAUGCCCCUAAAAUCUUUUCCACUGCUAGUGCGACCACUGCCGCAACGACCACAACUGCUCCUUGCACUACCACCAUCAACUCCAUUCAUCCACCAUCCUUACAAGUCACUGCAACAGCAGCUAUGCUAACUAAUACUGUUAAUGCCACUGAUGAUUCUACCACUGCAACAACUACUACUUCAUUCACUACUAAUUUGCUUGGUGUUGAUGUGGCGCAUGCCGCUUCUCAUAUUGAUGAUCAGAUUGUUGUUGGUGAUGGCAACAAAAUUACAUGUCCUGAUGUUAUGCCUAUUCUGAUACUUGAAGGCGCACGUACCUUCCCGGCACGUAGUUUCCCACCUGAUGGCACCACCUUUGGACAAAUCACUUUGGGACAGAAGCUGACUAAGGAGAUUCAACCGUACAGUUAUUGGAAUAUGCAAUUCUAUCAAUCAGAACCGGCUUAUGUGAAAUUCGAUUACACCAUACCGCGUGGCGCUUCGAUUGGGGUUUAUGGCAGACGUAACGCUUUACCGACGCAUACACAGUAUCACUUCAAGGAAGUGCUGAGUGGAUUUAGCGCGAGCACAAGGACAACGCGAGCGGCACACUUAUCGAUAACACGCGAGGUCACACGCUACAUGGAACCCGGUCAUUGGUUCGUCUCGCUGUACAACGACGAUGGUGAUGCGCAAGAGGUCACCUUCUAUGCCGCCAUCGCCGAGGAUAUGACACAGAAUUGCCCGAAUGGCUGCUCCGGCAAUGGACAGUGCCUGCUGGGCCAUUGUCAAUGCAAUCCCGGCUUUGGUGGCGACGACUGCAGCGAGAGCGUAUGCCCAGUGCUGUGCUCACAACAUGGCGAAUACAUCAAUGGUGAAUGUAUUUGCAAUCCGGGUUGGAAGGGUAAAGAGUGUUCGUUGCGUCACGACGAGUGCGAAGUGGCCGAUUGUAAUGGGCAUGGCCACUGCGUGAGCGGCAAGUGCCAGUGCAUGCGCGGCUACAAGGGCAAAUUCUGUGAGGAAGUUGACUGUCCACAUCCGAACUGCUCGGGGCAUGGCUUCUGCGCGGAUGGCACUUGCAUUUGCAAGAAGGGUUGGAAGGGAACCGAUUGCGCCACCAUGGAUCAAGAUGCGCUUCAGUGUCUGCCUGACUGCUCUGGCCAUGGCACUUUCGAUUUGGACACGCAGACAUGCACCUGUGAGCCGAAAUGGAGCGGGGAUGAUUGCUCGAAAGAGCUUUGCGACUUGGAUUGUGGGCAACAUGGUCGCUGUGUUGGUGAUGCCUGCACUUGCGAUCCCGAUUGGGGUGGCGAAUAUUGCAAUACCAAGCUGUGCGAUACGCGUUGCAAUGAGCAUGGCCAGUGCAAGAAUGGCACCUGCUUGUGCGUGACCGGUUGGAAUGGCAAACACUGUACGAUCGAGGGCUGUCCAAAUGGCUGCUCGGCGCAUGGCCAGUGUCGUGUGAGCGGUGAAGGACAAUGGGAGUGUCGCUGUUACGAGGGCUGGGAUGGCCCCGACUGUGGCAUUGCACUCGAGCUGAACUGUGGCGAUAGCAAGGACAAUGACAAGGAUGGUCUUGUCGAUUGUGAGGAUCCCGAGUGUUGUGCCAGCCAUGUCUGCAAGACGUCGCAACUCUGCGUGUCUGCGCCCAAACCGAUUGAUGUAUUGCUGCGUAAGCAACCGCCCGCCAUUACAGCGUCCUUCUUCGAACGCAUGAAAUUCCUAAUUGAUGAGAGCAGCUUACAAAAUUAUGCGAAACUCGAAACGUUCAAUGAAAGCAUUUUUUGGAAUUAUUUCAAUGCAAGCCGUUCGGCCGUUAUACGCGGUCGCGUCGUCACUUCACUUGGCAUGGGUUUAGUGGGUGUGCGCGUUUCCACCACCACACUCCUCGAAGGCUUCACGCUCACCCGCGAUGAUGGUUGGUUUGAUUUGAUGGUCAAUGGCGGCGGCGCUGUAACGCUACAAUUUGGACGCUCGCCCUUCCGGCCACAGUCACGCAUUGUACAAGUGCCGUGGAAUGAAGUGAUCAUCAUUGAUGUGGUGGUCAUGUCGAUGUCAGAAGAGAAAAAUUUGGUACCCAUACCACACACCUGUUUCUCACACGACUACGAUAUUAUGAAACCUGUCGUGUUGGCUUCAUGGAAGCAUGGUUUUCAAGGUGCUUGCCCUGAUCGCUCAGCUAUCUUGGCCGAAUCGCAGGUUAUACAAGAAUCUUUGCAGAUUCCUGGAACAGGUUUGAAUUUAGUUUAUCACUCUUCGCGUGCCGCCGGCUAUCUCUCGACAAUAAAGCUGCAACUGACGCCCGAAACUAUACCCGAUACACUGCAUCUGAUCCAUCUGCGCAUAACCAUUGAGGGUAUAUUAUUCGAGCGAGUUUUUGAAGCUGAUCCGGGAAUUAAAUUCACUUAUGCUUGGAAUCGUUUGAAUAUCUAUCGUCAGCGUGUUUACGGUGUUACCACGGCUGUCGUUAAUGUGGGCUAUCAAUACACCGACUGUAAGGACAUCAUCUGGGAUAUACAGACCACCAAGUUAUCUGGACACGACAUGUCCAUUUCGGAGGUGGGUGGUUGGAAUCUUGACAUUCAUCACCGUUACAACUUCCACGAGGGCAUACUACAGAAAGGCGAUGGCUCCAAUAUUUACUUGAAAAAUAAGCCACGCGUCAUACUCACCACCAUGGGCGAUGGCCAUCAGCGUCCACUGGAAUGUAAUGAUUGUGAAGGUUUGGCUUACAAGCAGCGUUUACUUGCGCCGGUUGCUUUGGCCUCCUCACCCGAUGGCAGUUUGUACGUCGGUGACUUCAACUACAUACGGCGUAUUAUGACGGAUGGUACCAUACGCACGGUCGUCAAGUUGAACGCCACACGCGUCUCUUAUCGCUAUCACAUGGCACUUAGUCCUCUCGAUGGCACACUCUAUAUAUCCGAUCCAGAAUCUCAUCAAAUCAUACGCGUACGUGAUACCAAUGAUUAUUCGCAACCCGAAAAGAACUGGGAACCCAUUGUCGGCUCGGGUGAACGUUGUCUGCCGGGCGAUGAGGCGCAUUGCGGCGAUGGUGCGUUGGCUAAGGAUGCGAAGCUGGCUUAUCCCAAAGGCAUCGCCAUUUCUAGCGACAACAUACUCUACUUCGCCGAUGGCACAAACAUACGUAUGGUGGACCGUGAUGGUAUAGUCACCACUCUAAUUGGCAAUCACAUGCAUAAGUCUCACUGGAAACCCAUACCAUGUGAGGGCACACUGAAACUGGAAGAGAUGCAUUUGCGUUGGCCUACUGAACUUGCCGUGAGUCCGUUAGACAACACAUUGCACAUUAUCGACGAUCAUAUGAUCUUACGCAUGACACCCGAUGGUCGUGUGCGCGUCAUCUCCGGACGUCCGCUUCACUGCGCCACCACUUCAACCGUCUACGACUCUGAUUUGGCUACGCACGCUACACUUGUAAUGCCUCAGUCGAUAUCGUUCGGUCCGAUGGGUGAAUUGUAUGUUGCAGAGAGCGACUCGCAGCGCAUCAAUCGUGUCCGCGUCAUUGGCACAGAUGGGCGUAUUGCUCCUUUCGCAGGCGCCGAAUCAAAAUGCAAUUGCUUGGAACGCGGCUGCGACUGCUUCGAGGCGGACCACUUCCUUGCGACAAGCGCCAAGUUCAAUACAAUCGCUGCGCUCUCCGUUACACCUGACGGGCAUGUUCAUAUCGCCGAUCAAGCAAAUUAUCGCAUCCGCUCAGUUAUGUCUAGCAUUCCUGAGGCGAGCACAUCCCGCGAAUAUGAGAUUUAUGCACCAGAUAUGCAAGAAAUUUACAUCUUCAACCGCUUCGGACAACACGUCUCGACAAAGAACAUCUUAACUGGAGAGACAACCUAUGUCUUCACAUACAAUGUCAACACUUCGAAUGGCAAACUAAGCACUGUAACCGAUGCGGCCGGCAAUAAGGUAUUCCUGUUACGCGACUACACCUCGCAAGUGAACUCCAUCGAAAAUACCAAGGGGCAGAAAUGCCGACUGCGCAUGACGCGCAUGAAGAUGCUACAUGAACUGAGUACACCAGACAACUACAACGUAACCUUCGAGUAUCAUGGUCCUACUGGUUUGCUAAAGACUAAACUUGAUUCUACUGGACGCUCCUACGUCUACAACUAUGAUGAAUUCGGGCGUCUGACUUCUGCUGUCACACCCACUGGCCGCGUUAUUGAUUUAGUCUUCGAUCUGAGCGUUAAAGGCGCACAGGUAAAGAUAUCCGAGAAUGCGCAGAAAGAACAAUCGAUGCUCAUACAGGGCUCGACAGUCAUGGUACGCAAUGGUGCCGCCGAAUCAAAGACCUCAGUGGAAAUGGACGGGUCAAUGACAAGUCUGACACCAUGGGGCCACACUGUGCAGAUGGAAGUGGUACCCUAUGCUAUACUGGCAGAAAUCAACCCAGUCGUUGGCGAAAGCUAUCCAGUGCCCGCCAAGCAACGAACCGAAAUCGCUGGAGAUCUGGCUAAUCGUUUUGAGUGGCGCUACUUUGUGCGCCGCAGGCAACAGGGCAAACAAGGCAAAGGUCCACGUCCAGUCUCACAAGUUGGGCGCAAACUUCGUGUCAAUGGCGACAAUGUGCUAACGCUAGAAUAUGACCGCGACACGCAAUCAGUAGUGGUGCUCGUAGAUGAUAAGCAGGAACUUUUGAACGUAACUUAUGACCGUACUGCACGCCCCGUCAGUUUCCGACCACAAUCAGGCGACUACGCUGAUGUCGACCUAGAAUACGAUCGCUUUGGACGUUUGGUUAGCUGGAAGUGGGGUGUGCUGCAAGAAGCAUACACCUUCGAUCGCAAUGGACGCUUAAAUGAAAUUAAGUACGGUGAUGGCUCAUCUAUGGUAUACGCCUUCAAAGACAUGUUCGGCUCACUGCCAUUGAAAGUUACUACUCCAAGACGAUCUGACUAUCUGUUGCAGUAUGAUGAUGCUGGCGCACUACAAAGCUUAACAACGCCACGUGGCCACAUACAUUCUUUCUCUCUACAAACCUCCUUGGGCUUCUUCAAGUAUCAAUACUUUUCGCCGAUUAAUCGCCAUCCUUUCGAAAUACUAUACAACGAUGAGGGUCAAAUACUAGCCAAAAUACAUCCACACCAAUCGGGCAAAGUGGCGUUCGUACAUGAUUCCGCUGGCCGAUUGGAGACAAUUUUAGCGGGGCUUUCAAGCACGCAUUACUCUUAUCAAGAUACCACGAGCCUCAUUAAGUCAGUUGAAGUGCAGGAACCUGGGUUUGAGCUGCGUCGGGAGUUUAAGUAUCACGCGGGUAUUCUAAAGGACGAAAAGGUACGCUUUGGUUCGAAGAACUCAUUGGCCUCUGCGCACUACAAAUACUCGUAUGAUGGUAAUGCACGGUUAAGCGGUAUUGAGAUGUCUAUUGAUGAUAAAGAAGUGCCCACUGCGCGCUACAAGUACAGCCAAAAUCUGGGCCAACUUGAAGUGGUACAAGAUCUCAAGAUUACGCGGAAUGCCUUCAAUCGAACUGUAAUUCAAGAUUCCGCUAAACAAUUCUUUACCAUCAUUGACUACGAUCAGCAUGGUCGCGCGAAGAGCGUGCUAAUGAAUAUUAAGAGUUUCGAUGUCUUCCGCCUCGAAUUAGACUAUGACGUACGUAAUCGUAUCAAGUCACAAAAAACGACUUUGGGACGUUCUACAUCAUUCGACAAAAUCAAUUACAAUGCUGAUGGGCAUGUAAUUGAAGUGCUCGGCACUAACAACUGGAAGUACCUAUUCGAUGAGAACGGCAACACCGUAGGUAUUGUAGACCAAGGCGAAAAAAUUAAUCUCGGCUACGACAUUGGCGAUCGCGUCAUUCAAGUGGGUGAAAUAGAGUUUAACAACUAUGAUGCACGUGGUUUUGUCGUGCGACGUGGGGAGCAGAAGUACCGUUACAACAAUCGCGGUCAACUUAUACAUGCGUUUGAAAGAGAUCGCUUCCAAUCGUGGUACUACUAUGACGACCGCAGCCGUUUGAUCGCUUGGCACGACAGCAAGGGCAAUGUGACACAAUAUUAUUAUGCCAAUCCCAAGACACCGAAAUUGUUGACACAUGUACACUUUCCUAAAAUAGGAAAGACAUUGCGUUUCUUCUACGACGACCGCGAUAUGUUGAUUGCAGUGGAAAAUGGCGAUCAGCGUUACUAUGUGGCCACUGAUCAAAAUGGCUCACCACUAGCGUUCUUCGACCCAAAUGGCAGUAUCAUCAAGGAUGUGAGACGCACGCCGUUUGGCCGUACUAUUAAGGACACUAAUCCAGAUUUCUUUAUACCUAUCGAUUUCCAUGGAGGCUUGCUUGAUCCCAAUACGAAGCUGGUAUACACCGAAGGACGACACUACGAUCCUACAGUUGGUCAAUGGAUGACACCUAAAUGGGAAACGCUUGCCACUAAAAUGUCCAAUCCAACUGAUGUCUUCAUCUAUCGCUACCACAACAACGAUCCUGUCAAUCCCAGCAAACCACCGAACUACAUGAUCGACUUAGAGUCAUGGUUGCAACUCUUUGGCUAUGACUUGCGCAAUAUGCAGAGCUCGAAGUACACCAAGGACGCCCAAUACGUGCCACAAGUCUCCAUCAAAUCGAACAUGCUAGCACCCGAAUUUGGCGUAAUUUCUGGUUUGGAGUGCAUAGUCGAGAAGACCAACGAGAAAUUUAGUGAUUUCGAUUUCGUGCCCAAACCACUGCUGAAGAUGGAACCAAAGAUGCGCAAUCUGCUGCCACGUAUUAGCUACCGACGUGGUGUCUUCGGCGAAGGUGUACUGCUCUCGCGCAUUGGCGGGCGCGCUUUAGUGAGCGUCGUCGAUGGCUCCAAUAGUGUGGUGCAAGAUGUGGUCUCAUCUGUCUUCAACAAUUCCUACUUCCUCGAUCUGCACUUCAGUAUACACGAUCAGGAUGUCUUCUACUUUGUAAAAGACAAUGUACUCAAGCUCCGUGAUGACAACGAAGAACUGCGACGACUCGGUGGCAUGUUCAACAUAUCAACACACGAAGUUACCGAUCAUGGCGGCGCCGCGGCGAAGGAACUACGACUGCACGGUCCCGAUGCAGUAGUGAUCAUUAAGUACGGGGUCGAUCCCGAUCAGGAGCGACAUCGCAUUCUCAAGCACGCACACAAGCGAGCUGUCGAACGUGCGUGGGAGCUGGAAAAGCAGCUGGUAGCUGCUGGCUUCCAGGGACGUGGUGACUGGACCGAAGAAGAGAAGGAGGAGCUAGUGUCGCACGGUGAUGUAGACGGCUGGAUAGGCAUCGAUAUACAUAGCAUACAUAAGUACCCACAGUUGGCAGAUGAUCCAGGCAAUGUGGCGUUCCAACGCGAUGCAAAACGUAAGCGAAGAAAGAUCGGAAACGGUCAUCGUACAGCAAAAGCGCGCCGACAACAAUUAAGAGUAAUGGACUUGAGUGCGUGAGUAGGCGAAACAAGUGAAGAGAGUAAAAAAAUUAGUGAAGACACAACUGUGACAGGAAUGAGUAUUGCUGCUAAGAGCGAGAAAUUGGUAGAUGAUGUGGGCGAGUACAUGCAACAUUUUGGUGAAGACUACACUAUGCAGGGAGG